CCGCGGAAAUUCACGAAUAAAUUCGAUAAAUAAUUCGUAUAUUUUCUGAACAAAAAAUCCUAAAAGUGAGUAUUCAGUAGUUCCAGCUGCAACGGGAUGGUCCGCUUGUGUUGCAUCCCGAUCUGUCCCAACUCGAAGGCAAUCCGUGCCGAAGUGGCCUGUUUCCCAUUUCCCCAGGACGAUGCGCUUCGCCAGCAGUGGAUCGAUUUCGUCGGCGCCGGCGACCCGACCCGGUUCCGCUGGAAAACCAAGUUCAUUUGCUCGGAGCAUUUCCUGGAGCUGGAACUGACGGAGGUCAACGGACAGAAGCAACUGCUCGAGGGCGCUGUCCCAAUGGUGUACUCCCCGGAUGACGACGAGAGCGAUGAGUUGGCUGAACGGAAUGACGUGAUGGUAUCGGGGGACCCGUCCGUGACUAUGUCUACGGGAAACACAUCUACAGUUACAAACGAAGGAUCCAACGGAACGGUGCCACAAAUAACUGUGGGUCAGCUGCCUAUCUUGUUCUGUCGGAUCUGUCUGAAAAAGGCAACGGAUUUGAUUCCGCUCAAUUCUAAGUUGCGGAACGACAACCUGGUCGAUAUGAUACAGGCUGUUUCCGGAUUGGUGAUUGACUCCGGUGGAGGUCUUCCGACGAAGAUUUGCGGUGCUUGUGUGGGAAAGGUCGACACGGCGUACAAGAUUCGGAUAGAGUUUAUUCAGCACGAUCUUAUGCUUCAGAACAUGAUCGACUCCGAUCAGUUGCAGGCUUACUAUGAAUAUUAUGGAUCUCGUCCGAACCAAGCGAUACAUGGGAAUGCAGUUCAUCCGAACAGUUUGGUAAAUACGGUGAAACCAAUAAAGGUUGUAAAGGCACCGGCUGUUAGAAGCCUGAAUGUUGCUGUUGCCCCAGUUGAAAACGUUGUCACCGUCAAGACUGAGAACGUUGAUCUUACUUCAAUAGAACCAUCAUCUAUAAAAGCGGAGCAGGUUAUAAAGGAGACUGAUAUGCCUCAAGAUGUUAAGAAUGAUCAUCUAAUGGAUGUUGAUAAUGACCUAACUGUUGACCAAAUAGAAAUAUCAGAUGCGGAAGACGACAAGGCUGGAGAAACACCCAGGCAAGUUUUCUCGUGGAAAGACCUCUGUAAACAAAAGACCCGUGUUUCUAAGCCAGCUAUCGUCUUCAAGAUCACCGAAAUUCUACCGAGACCAAAGCUGGUUCCUCACACUUGCUACAUCUGUGACACAGCGAACGAAGAUGCCAAUGCUUUGGACACCCAUCUGGAGCAACAUAUCGACCAGAUUCCCUACAAGUGCGAUCAAUGUAGCACCGAGCAGGUGCCGCAGGUGUUCAAGACGGUCAUCAACCUCAAUCACCAUCUUCGAACGCAUCUUUAUCCGUACGUGUGCGAUUACUGCCCUUUGCGGUUCCAGGUUACGCAUUCUUACCGCAGACAUAUGCAGGAGAUGCACUUGGCUCACAAAUCGGAAGGUUUUACGUGCGACUUCUGCGGAGAGUUCUUCGUCCGGAAGCGCCUGUUUCAAAUGCACUGGCACAAGCACAAGGCGAUGGAGGAAGGAAGAUACAAAUGUGAAUUUUGUGCGAAGGCGUUCGGCACUGGUUCUCUCCUGAAGCGUCACGUGCGCACCCACACAGGAGAAACCCCGUACGAGUGCAACACAUGCGGAAAGCGGUUCAAUCACUUGGACAACUUCAAGAAUCACAAACGAAUCCACACCGACGAGAAGGGCUACAACUGCGAAGAGUGCGAUAUGAGCUUUUUCAACAGCACGUUUUUGCGCCUUCACAUGCAGAAACAUUUUCCAAAUGAUCCUCGGUACCAGUUUAAAUCCCAGCGAGCGGGCGCCGAAAAAGUCGAAAGGGAAUACGCAUGCGACUACGAAGACUGCACAUUCGUCACCAAAAAGUAUCAGUCGUAUCACGUGCACCGAGCCAAUCACCUUAAGCGGUUCGUGUGCGAACUUUGCGGUAAGAAAUUUCCCAUGAGAUGCAAUCUGGUCAGGCACAAGAACAUGGUGCACGAAGGAAAAGUUCCAGAGUUCAGGCUCAAAUGUCCGUAUUGUGCGAAGGGGUUCAACACCAAACAAAAGCUGGAAAAGCACGUAGACGUGCAUGAGAAUAACCGCCGCCACAAAUGCCAGUACUGCGAGAAAGCAUUCGUCGAGAAGGAAAACUGUCGGGCACACGAGCGCAUCCAUACCGGGGAGCGUCCGUACCCUUGUCGGAUGUGCCCGUCGGCGUUCAUCACUUCGUCCGGAAGGAAGAAACACGAGGCAACACACAAGGGGCUGAGUCCGUCUAGCUCACGGGAUACCGAAUCGAGCACCUCGCACAACAUCAUCCGGAAGUUGCGCGAUGAGGAAUCCAGCGACAUCAGCGAGGACAGCGACUUCCCGAAGACGUUCCACGAAAACGUGGAAAAGAUCAACCUCCAGCCGACGAAGGAUCCCCGCAGCAAGGCAAAUCGGUACGUGCUGCAGUUCCACCGGGAAACCGGCAAAGAGUUGCGCGAAAUGAAGGAGGAAGCGCUGAAGGCGUUGGUGCCCUGCGGACCGGAAGAGCUAGAGCUGGCCGACAACUACUUUGUCGGGUAUGAGUUUCCGAAGCGGCCCAAGUGGACCUACGAAAUGUCCAAGGAGCAGCUGGAUAGUAAUGAGAAUCGGUACUUUUUCAAAUACAUCACAUAUAUGGAAAAGACGCAUUACGAUGAUAUGAAAUCUCUAAGCUUCUGUGAGCUGAAUUUGGAAACCUGGCGCCAGCUUUGGCGGGUGCUGGAGCUGUCCGAUAUUGUGCUGGUGAUUGUGGAUGCUCGUUUUCCAACGCUGAUGUUUCCGCCAUCGCUCUACCACUACGUUACCAAAGAUCUCGGCAAGGGUAUGAUCCUGGUGAUCAAUAAGGUGGAUCUCGUCCAACCGGAAGCGGUUCUUGCGUGGAAACGCUACUUUCAGCAAACGUACAAAGACAUAAAGAUUGUUCUGUUCACGUCCUAUCCGUCGUACAAUCUGCGCGGGAAGCAGGAAAGCAAGCAAGGUUUGAAAAUCCGCCGGCGCAAGGGACGAAUGCGCAUGGCCGCCGAAGGAGCCCAGCAGAUCUACGGCAUCUGUCGCGAGUACGUGGGGGACGAGGUAGAUCUAAGCUCGUGGCAGCAGAAGAUUCUCGAGGAACGUAGCGCCCCCAUGGAUGUGGACGGCGAAGACGACGAAGCCUGCGAAGCGGAGAGAACUCACGAGGAGGAGAAGGAUUUCUCCUUUGAAGAGCAUGUGAAGUUCAAGGACGGUGUGCUGACUAUUGGGUGCGUCGGUUUUCCCAACGUGGGCAAAUCAUCCUUGCUCAACGCUGUCAUGGGCAAAAAGGUGGUCUCGGUUAGUCGCACCCCGGGCCACACGAAGCAUUUUCAGACGAUCUUCCUGACCAAUACGGUCCGGCUCUGCGAUUGCCCCGGAUUGGUCUUUCCGUCGGCCGUCCCACGAAAGCUUCAGGUUCUGAUGGGCAGUUAUCCGAUCGCCCAAUUACGCGAGCCUUAUGCCUCUAUCAAGUUCCUAGCCGAGCGACUGGAUCUUCCGGCUUUACUCUCGUUGAAACACCCGUCCAACGAUCCCAACGAGCAGUGGUCGGCCAUCGACGUUUGCGAUGCCUGGGCCAUCAAACGUGGAUUCCUCACCGCCAAAACGGCCCGUCCGGACACUUACCGCGCCGCUAACAACAUCCUCCGGAUGGCCCUAGAUGGUAAGAUCACCCUGUCCCUGAAACCCCCUGGCUUCCACCAGAAUCUUGACACCCUGCAGUCCGAUCCAGAGUUGACGGCUGUUCGGGAAAUUCAAGCCCUGGCGUCCGAGAACCACGACAGAGACGUGGACGACGACGAUUACAUAUCGGAUACGGACACGGAGGACGUGGCCGGUGCCGCCAGUAACGACGCCGACAACGAGGAAGACGAAGAAGGCAACUCGACCCUGUCGCCGGUCAGUGCCAAGAUGUCCAACCCGUUCUCGCUGCUCGGCAGUCCGGACCAACUCAUCGCCAUCGUAGUUAUCCUGGUAGUAAACCAUUGGGACAGCGCCUUCCACCAGCUGCUUCUGACCGUCAACGUCCACCAGUUCCAGGUCCAGGAAAUGCUCCGAGCAAACGAACUUCGUUUUCCAAUGAAACCGGACCGGGUCGCCGGCGCCACCGACGAAAUCGAUCCACUGUUGCCGUAUUCCGGAAAUACCAGUGGUAAACCUGUUGCGAGCGAUCCGCGUCCCAAUACAUCGAUAAUGUCCCGGCUGCGGUGUCGCAUUUGCCUCCGCUUCUCACCCGGGUUGAUGCCCCUGUUCAAGGUCCGAAUCGGCGAAAAGAGUGAGAAACGGCUGACCGAUUUGGUGUACGAGCUGUACCGGAUCGAGUUCGCCCCCAACGACGAAUACCCGAAGCACGUUUGCGAGCUUUGCAUCAAGAAGGUCAACUAUCUGUACAGCUUCUAUCGGGACAUACUAAAGAGUGAAGCCCUGCAGGAAGACUUGAGCAAGGCGGCCAGUCGGAAGGCAGCGGACGCGUUGAUUAUCGCGGAUGGACCGAGCUGUUACAGUGAUGGAUUGUUUGAAGAGGUGGAGAAGCUGGAGGAAGAAAGCGUUGAGGGUGCGGAAACGUCCAAAACCGAAGAAACGUUGGAGAUGCUGAUGGAAAAUGUGGAAUUCGAAGCGGUUGGCUUCGACGACGAUCGCCCGGUGGAGGAACAGUUGAUUGAUAUCAAGAUCGAAGCGGUGGCUGACGAGGAAACCGAUAUGCUGAUGAUAGUGGACAAGCUGUCGGUUGGGACUAUGCAGAGCGACGGGGAAGAGGAAGAAUUCCGAGGGUUUGAGGAAUCGGAGAAACAACCGGUUCCAAUGAAACUUACGGCAUUGCCUCGCUCUCCAAAGAGGAAGCAGCGGAGGCCAAAAUACAUAGUGCCCAAGCUGGAGAUCGUUGAAACCAUUCCGAACAUGUGCUACAUUUGCAGGGAGCUUCUGGAAGACAGGGAUCAGUUUGAUCUUCAUCUGGUCACUCACACCGAUAUGUUGCCUUACAAGUGCGAGAGCUGCAGCACGGAAACGGCUCCCGUGCAGAUUAAGACACUGAUUUUGCUCAACAAGCACUUCGAGUCGCAUGGAUUCAGCUACGUUUGCGAGUACUGUCCGCUGCGGUUCCGUUCGUACCCACCGAUGUACGACCAUAUGAGGAACUUCCACACCGAACAUAAGGAGGGCUUCAACUGCGACAAGUGCGGUCAGGUGUUCAUCGAGAUCCGGAAGUUCCAGAAGCACGUCCGAGCCCACCGCAAUCGCGAUUCCGAACGCUACAAGUGCAGUACCUGCGCGAAGACCUUCCAGACCGGAACGAUUUUGAAGCGUCACAUGCGAAUUCACAUGCCGAAGGCAUUGUUCACCUGUGACGUCUGCAAGCGGAAAUUCAACACGGAGGAGCACUUCCACAAGCAUAAAUUUCGCCAUCUACAGCAGCAAUACAAUCAGCAAAACGGCUACGUCUGCACGGUUUGCGAUGGCCAUUUCACAUGCAAGGUUGACCUCCGGGUCCACAUGCAAGUCCACUACCCUAACAAUCCGAACUACAGCAUUCACACGGACGUCCUUCCGGACUCUCUACGGGACUCAUCAAGCUACCCGCGCGGUUGCGAAGAACCCAACUGCAAAUACAUCGCUCCUUCCUACACGCUGAUGUGGUCUCACUACCGGAACCACUACAAACUAUACCAAUGCGAGGAGUGCGACCGGAAGUUCGCCACGGCCACCAUCCUUAAAAACCACGUCGAAGUCAUCCACAGAAAACUCCGAAAAUUCCACUGCGACCAGUGUCCGAAAACGUUUGCCUAUCCGCACAAGCUCAAGGAGCACCAGAAUGUCCACCGGGGCAUCCGGAACCGUAAAUGCCGGUUCUGCGGCAAAAGCUUCACCCAUUCCUCGACGCUCCGGGUUCACGAGAAGGUUCACCAGAAUAUCAAGCCGCACAAGUGCGACAUUUGCCAUUCGUCCUACGUGACCACUUCGGCGUUGAAGAAGCACCGCAAGACGCAUCGGACCAACUGGGACGUUCCGGUCGAGAGCUAUGAGGAGAUCGAUGUGGUAGAGGAGAAGGCAGCUGGCGACUGUGGUGCGGAGGACGCGAUCGUGCAGCAGAGCAAGCACGAACCAAAGCAGGAAGACUUGAAGGUGGACGGUGAGUUGAUCUAUUUUACGGAGGAUGCCAACGAGCAGGUGCUGAACCACCAAGAAGAAGAAGAGGAUGAUGUGGAGGUCGGAGAAGAAGUGGUGACCGUUAAGGAGCUAUGCGAAAUUCUCGAGGCGGAUUAGAGACCGGUAAGUGAAUGUGAACUUGUUGAUCGAAGUUGGAAAUAGAUGCCAUGAAAGUGAA